AUGAAGCUGUUUGUUGUCAUCAGCCUUCUUCAGCUGGGGGCUUUGUGUGCCCCUGCCACAGAGCCACAGAUCAACCUAAAAGACAUAGUCGAGAAAAGUGUAAAUACUAAGAAAGCAUCUCUUUUGAACCCACUUCUUGAGGGCAAAGUCCCACCUCUUAUAAACAGUGAUCCAGUUGCUGGCCCACUUACACCUCCAGAGCUUGAGGAACCACUGAGCUAUUCACAUCUAUUUGGCGACAAUGUCAAUCUAAACUGGACCAAGUGGGAAGGCUCGCUUCCCCAAGGUGCAGUUGGCAUCUAUAAUGGGUACACAGAGCGUUCUGAUUAUAUCUGCAAAUACAACUGUGAAGCAGGUUUUUACACUCCCAGCAAAGGUCCAUACUGCAACUACCCCUAUGGUGACAGAGAAUACCACUCCCCUGAGUUUGAAGUUUUAGUCAAUGUAGAUAACUUUGAGUUUGUGGAGUGGAAGGAAGGUUCAUAUGGUUCUGUACCAAACAAUGCCAUUAAAACCUGUGGAGGUGUUGGCAUUUUUGUUGGUAAGAACAAGUAUGGGCUUGGUAAAGUUGUACCUCAGUUUGAAGCCUUCUUCCUGCCAUGGGAGGGUGAUGAGUACUGGUACAAGAAAUAUGAAGUUCUGGCCAUCAACCGUGACAUGUACACCCAACAGAUCUCCCAUGUUGAGUAUGGUAUUAAUGAAGUAGAGCUCUUUCACUACCCACCAGAGACCAUGAGAAUCUCCAGUGUUGCCAACCAUGAUUGCCAGACAAUUACAAAGACAGUGACCAUCUCCAAGACCACAGAGGUGGAGAGCACCUGGAACAUUGGCCGGACCACCAUGCUUGGUGUUACAACAGGCAUCACUGCCACGAUCCCUAUGAUUGGUAGUGCUGGAGUGGAAUUCACUGCAGAGAAAACCUUUCAGUUCAAUCGUGGUACUACCCUAGUCGAAGCUCUUAGUCAUGAAGUGUCAGUUCAGCUAACAGUGCCACCCAAUCACUCUUGCACUGCUCGCAUGGAGGGCCGUAAGAUGACUGCUGACAUCCCCUUCAAAGCAAGGCUCAGUCGAACAUACGCCAAUGGAGAGACCCAGUGGACCUCCAUCAAUGGUGUCUAUGAUGGCAUACAGAUAGGAGAGGUCAGAGCAGUGGUGGACCGCUGUGAGCCUAUUCCCGAUGCGAAGCCAUGUCCAUCAGCUGCAUAG